AUGCGCCAGAUCCGAGUUGAAAAGCUCGUGUUGAACAUCAGCGUGGGUGAGAGCGGUGACCGCUUGACACGAGCAGCCAAAGUCCUGGAGCAGCUCACGGAGCAGCAGCCGGUCUUCUCGAAGGCCCGGAUGACGAUCCGUCAGUGGAGCGUCCGGCGGAAUGAGAAGAUCGCCUGCCACGUGACCGUGCGGGGAGAGAAAGCCGAGGACGGGGACGGGGACGUUUGGGGCGCGCUGAAGCGCCAUGAAAUCUUGGAGAAAGGCCUGAAAGUCAAGGAGUAUGAGCUUCGAAAAAAGAACUUCGCCCGCAACGGCAGCUUUGGCUUUGGCAUCACUGAGCACAUUGAUUUGGGCAUCAAGUACGAUCCUGGCACUGGCAUUUACGGCAUGGACUUCUACGUGCACCUCUCUCGCCCUGGCAGCCGUGUGAAGAAUCGAAAGUUGAAAGUGGGCAAGGUGGGCGCGUCCCACAAGCUGAAGAAGGAGGAUGGCAUGAAGUGGUUCCAGACCAAGUACGACGGCAUCCUGCUCAACUAA